UUUGGAUCAUAGUAAAAUAAACAAUAGAAAGUGUAUAUAUCAGGAUGAGGGCGAGCUAUUUAUUAGAUAUAACUUUUGUUUGUUGCAUUUUAUAAUUCUUUUAAUCACAUUCGGAUUUGAGAUUCAUUCUAAUAUAUCAACCGCGAAUAUAUCACUUUCAAAUUAAGACGAGUGUUUUGUACCGGACGCAAUAUGCAAAAUAUAAAUAUAGACAACAGAAAAGUUAAGGGUAACUUAUAUACUGAUAAAUAUUUCUCACAUUUCACCAGUAUGUACCUAAAAUACAUUCAAUGAAAUGAUAAAUUCUAUAGCUAUUCUAUUUCCUACAAAUUUUAAAGGUAAGCACCGGUUAAUGACAAGGUUAGAAUCGAAAAGACUGUUGAUAUUUAAGUAGAAAGAACAUGAGAGUGUAAAUGUAUAAGACUUUCAAAUCAAGGUGAGCAGUAUCAUUUUCAUGCGUAAGAUGGAUCACCUUCCACUAUAGCUUGUCCCCGAAAGUACUAUACAUGCUAGGUUCUCUAAACCAUGGCCUACUCUUUGCUUUUUAUGAUUAUAUAUGACCUCCUCACAAUAUGUAUUCAACUAUGUAAUUAUACAAUCAAGCUUUGGUUAUCAAUUUUGUUUUAUUGUUCCUUCUGGAAAAUAUUCAAAACUUAGAUAUUUCUACCAUUUAUCAAAUUAAAAUUUUAUUAAACUAAUAUCUGGGAACUAUUAAAUAAAAAGUCGAGAGAGAGUGUGGGAAACCAUAAAGGGGUCAUUAUAAGAGGGUAUAUCAAAACCCUAAUUAAUAAGCAAUGGCAGAAAGAGGAAUUAGAUAAUAUGCAAAGGAUAAGAGCAUCUUUAACGGGGUCUUCAAAGGCCGUCUCUUAUUGUUUUUAGAAUUUAAAAAAAAAGAAAAAUAGCAAUUACCUCAAACUACGUCUCUUAAUUAAGCAACAGAAGAGACCGUCUCUUCCAGUUCUUUUCUAUGGUUGAAGAAGGAAGAAAGAAGAAGAAGCCAUGGCAGGAGUAGGACUUUUCCGGUAGAUGGAGAAUUUGAGUUUGUAUGGACAUCCGAAUGAGUCGUGGGAACUGAAUCUACCGGCGGACGGUGCUGCUGCUACAGCUCCCCGCCACCGCCAUCUCCAUCUCCGAGAAGACGAUAUCGCCAGAUUCUCCAAUUGGAUCGUUCAUGUUAAUUAUUUUUAGAGGGUCUUACUGAUGAACUUGGUGCUGAGGCCAUGAUGUUCGAGGCUUUGGAGAAAGUGCGUUAAUAUCACACUUUUCAACAAAUGUUCGGUCUACAUAAAAACAGCUAAUGAAAUUGCAUUUCUUUAAUUGUGAACAACAUGCUUGGGAUUAGGAAAGAAUAUCUUCCUAAGUACGAGGAAAAUUUGGAGCUAAGCAUUGCCAAAGCACAGCUGGAUGAGCUGAAGAGUGAUGCUCUUGAAGCAAUGGAGUCUCAGAAAAAGAAAAGAUCUCUCUCCUUUGCCUGAAGCUGACACCGGUGGUGUUACUGUGAUAGAAAGCUCGACUCCCAUUGCCGAAACAGCUUCAUCCAAGACGAACAGUGCGUUGCAACCAGAAGAUGCUACAACUAGGGCUUGUUCAAUUCAGUAUGAAACAUCUAUUUCUCUUUUAGGAGAAGAUAUGUCUCCUCCUCUGCCUGAAGCAGACAAAAACGGUGGCGUUAUUGUUACAGAGAGUUCAACUCCCAUUGCAGAGGCAGCUUCUUCCAAAACUAACAAUGGAUCUCAAAUAGAAGAUAUACAAAAAGCAGAUGAUGAAUCUACAAAGCCUGUUACUCUCAGGUUUUCAAGAGAUUGUUUCUUCUACAAAGCCUGGUAUGUUGUUGUUAUCUACAAUGCCACCAAUCAAAUGAGUUGACAUUUUUUAAGAAACCCUAAAUAAGAGACUUGCAAUGAAGGGAGAAAAAUCUCAAAAUUCUUAAACAUGUCUCUUACCAAAAUUAACUCCUAAAAUACUAUUAAAAAUAAAAUAAGAGACCUAGUAGAGUAUAUGGGAUAAAGAUGCUCUAAGAAGUAGGAGUGAGCGUUCGGAAAGAAACGGCACGUUUUCGAAUGUUUUGGGGGUUUCAGGAUUAUUGUGUGAGGGGUGUAAGCUACAUAAAGUUCCUUUUGGUUUCUAGUCAUAUUAUUUAUAUUUGAAAUUUGAUAUUUAGUUUUUUGGACUUUCGAAAAACUAAUUAGGAUAUCUUUAUUCAAAAUAUUUAUUAAGUAUCGAAAGUUACAUAAGUUUUUAAAAAAUAAAAUAAAAUAGUAAUUAAGAUAUAGACUUAAACAAUGAUCAAAUAAAAAAAAAUAUAAAACAAGGUAUUGAGCAAUUUAUUUAGGUUAUAAAAAAAUCAUUUUGGAUCGGAUCUUUGAGAUUUGUUCGAGUACUGGUUUUUGUUUUUUUCUGUACUUUAUAUUCAUCUGAAUUUGUGUCAGAUUUAAAUAAUACAUUGGAUAUGCUUUCAUUCUCGAGAGCCACUUGGAAAUAGACUGACAAAAUUUAAUAAAGAUUUGAAUAGUUAAGAGAUUUUAAAAAAAAAUCAUAAAGGUGGUAGCCUAUAUAUAUAAAAUUUCAAAAUUUCUGAAAAUCUAAAACGAAUGUGUCAUCCGGCUUGCCUCAUAAUCGGCAAUGGUUAUCACACUUCUUGGAAGUGAUGAUCUUCACAAUGGAUCUGCGGUUUACCCUAAAAUUAUUAUCUAAGAGAAUAACUGUAGAACCUAAAAUCUACACUAACUAUUUGAUAAUGAUCGGGGUUUGAUCUAGGGAAGACAAAUGAUGUAGGCAACGAUAUUUUUAGAACACAACGAUGUUAAACAUUUUUCACUAGGUAAAAAUUGACUUUAUUAAUGAAUAAGAUCGUAUACAAUGAGUUGAACUAGAUCGAGUGAUACAAACGAGAACCGUAAAGAAAAGAGUUUAAGAUGGGGAGGAAACAAGGUCGAUGUUAGUGUGUAGCUCUCUCUAAGGUUUUCAACGUGUCCUUCUUCAUGUCUCUCCUCCUUUCUUCAUAGUAAGUCGACUUCGUGAUCUCCGUAACUGCUCCGCGAUCUCCGGGACUACUCCGCGAUCUCCGGGACCUCGACUCCUUCGCUUUCGAGCUCGAUUGUUUGCUAUGGGAUUCGGUUCCUUAAGGCCCAUAACUCUGAUCGCGGCCCAUUAAUGUUUUGACCGAAAUUGGGUCCAACAUUUGUCCCCCAGUCUCUUUUGAUUUGAUCGAAAAGAAUAAAGAGACGGUUAGUUAUCAAUUCGGGUUUUGUCGCUUGAUAACCGAUGCGAUUUUGGUUUGAUGGUUCAUGGGAAACCGUUGUUUGUCGCGUAAAUUUCAUUUUCUCUUUUUAUUUUUAAAAAAGGUGUAACGGCUAUAUCACCCGCCACUAGGGCAAAACCUAGGUCAUCAUUAUCUUUCUCGGGGAUGCCGAUAGAGCCUUUAGGAUUGCUAUAAAUACGCGAGGUUUUACGUUUUCACCUCAAUCCUUUUUUGCAUCCUUCGUUUUUCUUCUGUUCUUAAAAUUUCCUGAUCAUCGAACUUGAGAUGUCUUCAUCGUUCAAUUUUCCUCGUCCGACGACUACAGCCGAUGAUCUCGAGGAUCUUUAUAAGACGUAUGGGGUUGAUCGUGCGGUCGCUCUCGAUUUGGCCGGCGUGACUGAGACUCCCGAAACUAUGCGGGAAGGUUAUUGCGGAGCCUAUUUUUCUUUCUUUCACUCCUGUGGUCUUAUCUUCCCGGUCCCGGAGCUGAUACUUGAGAUUCUGGCGGAGCUUGGGUUAUCGCUUACUCAGAUCCUCCCAAACUUUCUUAGGUAUCUUGUCGCCUUCUUGGUUAGGGCUAGGGAGGAAGGUCUUUCUUUUGGCCUUAGUGAGUUCCGACAGCUCGUUCUGGUGAAGCGGAACCAGCAGAACCCUGGUACCUUCCUUGUGUCUCCGCGCCCAGGUCGCCACGUCAUCGAGGACAUCCCCUACCGCGAUGAGAAGUGGCGUGAGCAAUUUUUUGUUUUCAAGGUGGAUCGAGCAUCUAUGGGUGAAUUUGACUUCUCUCGGCUUCCUCGGAGCUGGGCCGAGAAUAUCGGUUAGUUUUCUUUGGUCUAUGUGUCGAUAUUUCUCUUUGGAAAGUGGUGGCUUAACUUUUCGUUUUUCUUUGAUCGAUUCAGCUCCUUCCGGAAGCUCUUCGAUGUCAGACGGGAUUCGUGGUUUGAUCGGGAUUCUUCAGAGAGGUCGUUCGAACUGGUCUUCAUUCGACCAAACUCGGAUUCGAACUGUCUUCGCUAUGCUGGAGUGGAUCAACAGGUCCUCUCUGGUUGGGGGUUCUGAUGACGAGGCCGAACACUCCCAUGAAGUUAUAGCGACUCCUUCCGUUUAGGUCCAGUCUUCGGAUCGAUUAACUAGACAGCUCGUGAGGAGGUCGUCAUUCCGUACUUCCGGGUCUGUGUCGAGGGGCCAGGUUUCUGGAAAAUCUCCCUUGAUCUCGAUUCAUGACUCCGAUGAUGAAAACGCUUUGGGAGAGAGGCGAUCUCCUGUCUCGUUGAUCCCUGGCUCGGAGGACGAGACCGUUGCGGGGACUCGCAAACGACGCUGGUCGUCGAAGGGUGCCUUGCCUGGCCCAUCUCGUCCAAGCUUUGUUCCUGAGGGAGAUGGUUCUUUGUUUGCGGCCCAAGGUGACCUAAUUUCUCUCGCUGGUCGCAUGAGGUCUGCAGGCUGCCUUCUUCCAUCUCUUGCUUCCUCAGCCGAGAAGGAGGCUUACGCCAAGGUUGCGGUGGUGAGCUCUAAGGUGAUGGAAGCUUUCAAUGACUACGUUGUGGUGAUGAUGGAAGACCACGUCGUGGCUUCUCCGAACGACAAGGAAAUCGAGAGCAUUUGUUCCGAGAUCAAGAGGCUUUCGAAGGAGCUCGAGGUCACCAAGAGAGAAGGGAAGAAGGAUGCCGAGAAGAUCGAGGCUUUGACUGAGGAUUGGAGGAGAGUUCACCAGGAGAACGAGGCUCUUACAACCCAGGUGGUUGCUCAGAAGGCGAAAAUUGCGGCGCUCGAGGUCGAGAGGGAUCGGGACAUUCGUCGUGAUUCUCGCAUUGCUCGUCGUGACAUCGAGCAGCGGUACAGAGAGAUCCUUGAAUCAUUGAAGGAUUGGUGGAUGAGCAAGAAGAAGGAAGUGUCUGCCGAGAUCCGAUUGCAAGAAGUGACCACCAACAUCAAUCUUCUGAACGAGCUCAAGGACGGGGGCCUGGCCAUUGACGCAGAGCUUGCUCGUUUAAAGGAGAUGGAAAGAGAUUGUGAGGACCUCGUCGCUUUAGCCGCCGUGCCAGAUUGGUCGAUCUCUGAGCUCGAUCUUCCUCGAAUCUUUGAGAAUUCGGGGGAUCAAAUUGGGGGGUCGUCUGUCCCCGAUGAUACCGCUUCUAGUUAAAUUUUUCUUUUCUUUUUUGUUUAAUAUCUUUUUGUUCUCCGCGACCUUUGAUCAUGAUACCUCGGAUAUUCUUAACGGAUAAGUAUAAUGUUUCGGGAUAUCUUUGUUUCCUUAGCUUUCGAGAUUCUCUUCGUUUGGGUCGUUGAGACACGACGAAGCCCUGAUACUUAUAAAGCUUCGCUUUGUUUUUAGGA